AUGUUUACCUGUGAUAAAGUUUGUUAAAUGAUUCCAUUAAUGGUCAUAAUUUUAAGGUUUGUGUAUAGUUAGAAUUGUGUUUAUAAUGAAUAUGAAUAGGCAUUAAUACCUGUUGAAUCUCAAUAUGAAAUAAAUCAAUUUGAUUCUUUUGUUACUUUGGAUGUUGGGGAUUCAUUUGGUUUUGGUUUUUGGAGUCUUUGUAUUCCACAAUUAAGUUUAAAGAAUAUUCCUUAAGUGGAAUAAGAUUUUAUUUCAACAGAUGCUGAAUUAGGACAAUUAUUAUUUUUAGUGAAGGGAAGUAUAAGCAAUUCAUUGUUAGGAUUUGUUUAUAUAGAUCGAUAAAAUAUGUUAGUUUAGCAUAAAAUAAUUAUUUUAGGAAGUAACUAGAUAAGUUUAGAGUUUAAUUUUUAACCAAUAAAUUAUGAAGCUAAAUGGAUUCUUAGCUUUAUAACCUUUAAUUUCUUAGAUGGAAAGAUUGUAGUUGAUAUGACAGAUUAAAUUAGAUAGAGUGGAACAAUGAAUAUUGAAUAAGAUUAUAUUUAAAUAAUAUAAGGAGGAAAAGGCUAUGUAAUAUAUUUAUAUUUAUUUCUAAUAAGAUUGAAAAUUUAAAUCUUAAUGUAUUUAAAGGAAGAUUGUCUAAAAUAUUUGUCAAUAAGAUUGAUUAACUUGGUUAAGAUUUAUUUGAAUAUAUGACAAUUAAUUGUUAAAUUCCUUCUCUAAUUUAAGGUGAAUAAACAACUUAUUUUAUCAAAGGAUUAUAAAUUUUUGAAGGUGAUACAUCUCUUUAAUAUACAAUUAAUUAAUUUGGUAGUAAAUUUUGUCUUUCUGGAUGGGUUAAAUAUGAUAUUUCUAGAGUAAUUUAAGUUUCAAUCUAUCCAUUGAUUAGAAUAAGUCUUUUUAAAAAUUAUUUUGAUAGAGCAACUUUUGGAGAUGAAAUAUUUUUAUUACAAGUUUGGUUUAAUAAACGUGAAACUAUAUUUACUUAGAUUUGUAUUUAUUUAGAUUAUCAUAAAAUUCCAAUCAUGGGAUCUAUUGGUUGGUAUCCUGAUGAUUUUAUUUAAGUCAUUUAGGAUAUAUUAUUUGAUAUUUAUUCUGAAUAUUAUUUUUAAGGACUACAAUAAUGGCAUUUUUUAAAAUAUGAGUAUGGUUCUACUAUUCCUGGAAAAAAAAGUUGUAUUAAUAUUUAAUUCUUUAAUGAACUAAAUUUAUUAGAGAUUUGUCGUGAUAUUUCUUAACCAACAAAUUCUCCUUUUUAUGUAUUUAUAGGAUCAGAUGAAUAUAUUAAUGAAUUACUUUAAGCAUCACUUUUUGAUUUUAAAUUUGAAUAUAAUUAUGUAAAUGAAAAAGAACUGCUUUUUAAUGGUAAUUUAAAUAUAUAUAUUAUAGCAUGUCAUUAUACAUGUUUAACUUGUGAUGGACCACUUUAAAAUAAUUGUUUAACCUGUGAUUAAAAUUUAAAUAGAUACUAUUUAAAUGAAUAAAAGAAAUGUUAAUGUUUAUUAGGAUAUGUAGAUGUUUAAGAUGAGAAAGUCUGUUAAUAAUUUGAUUAUCAUUUUUCAUCUGUUGAAGUUUAAGAAUAAUAUCCUCUUGGAGAUUCAUAAUGUUAAUUUGGAUAUUUCAUUUUAAAAAAUGAAAACGGUUAAAAUAUUUGCAUAAAAUGGUAUUAAUAAAUUUAUUAUUAUUAUUAAGUCCAUAAUCUAAUUUUAUAGAUAUAUUAUGUGUUGAUUGUAUUUAUUAUCCAUUAACUUGGUAUUUAAAGCCAAUUUGUAAAUUCGAUUUGAUAUCAAAGAAAUUGACAUAGACGGAUGCAUAUAAAUAUGAAAAAAGAGAUAUAUAUGAUUAUGACUUUUAUUUGAUUGAUUAAAAUGGAUAGCUAUUUCUUCAUUCAGGUUACUUAGACUAUUGUGAACCUGAAUUAGAUUCUAUUAAUUGUUUUAAAGCAAAAUACUAACAUUUUGGAUAAACUAUAUAUGUGAAAUGCAAACCUAACUAUUAUUAAUUAAAUGGAGAUUGUAUUCUUACAAAUAUAAAUUGUUUAUUGUCAUCUUCAGAUGGAAAUUGUUAAAAAGUUAGAGAUGGUAUGUAUCUUCAUAAUGAAUAAUAUUAUUAAUGCCCUAUAACUUGUUUAUCUUGUAUUUAUGAUGAUGAUACAAACACUCCAUAAUGUUUGACUUGUAUCAACUAAUAUGCAUUAGAUAAUGGAAAUUGUCUUCCUUGUGGAAAUUAUUGUAGUUUUUGUUAAAAAUACAAUGAUAAAGAUAUAAAUAAAUCUUAUUUAAAAUGUUUUAAAUGUUUAGAUGAUUCAAAAUAUUUUCUAUCCUUUGAUGGUAUUAAUUGUUUAGAAAACACUAUCAAACAUUGUGAAUAUGCCUUUUAAGCAGUAUCUUACGAUUACUAAAUAAAUACACUGGAUUUAUAUUUUAUGCCAAGAGAUGAUUGGGAUAAUAUUGAUACAACUUGUGGUAGAUGUGAAUAUGGAUAUGGAGUAAUACUUAAUUCCCAUAUUUGUCUUUCAAUGAGAGAUGUUAGCUGCUACUUUUCAUAUGUUUAAUAUAUUUGUGACACAGUAUUAGAUGUGAAUAUAUUAAAUGUAUUGAUGUUUGCUGAAUAUUACGUAACUCCAAUGGGAGAGAUGAUUACUAUUGCUUUUGAUGAUUAUUAGAACUAUAUUUGUACAUCAUUAUAAUAUUGUUUGAUUUCUACUGAUUAUUAUAAAUCAGAAACCUCCUAAAUAAUUUAAUUUAAUAGAUAAUGUCCUGGAUACAUUGAAAAUUGUGCAACUUGUUUAAUAGAUAAAAUUAAUGGCUUAGCUUCUGUUUAUAUAUGUUUGGAAUGUAAAAGUGGAUAUUAUGCAGAUAGAAUUUCAGGUAAAUGUUAUGUAUGUCCUUCUUAAUUGAAUUGUUAUAACUGUGCACAAUAAUUAAACAUUACAAAAGACUACUGGAAAAUCAAUAUUAGAGCCUUAUAUUAAAUUGCAAUUAAUAUUAAUAAUAAUCAUCCAUUUAAACUUUAUGCCUAAAGUGAAAAUAAAAACGAUUAUGAAGUUAUAUGUACAAUGUGUAUCAAAGGAUAUGAAUUAGUUGAAUAAAAAUGUAUUAAAGAAUGUCCAGAAUCCUGUUUAGAGUGUUAAUUUAUUAAUGGUUAGAAUUAAUGUAUUAGAUGUGAACUAGAAUAAUAAGGUAGAAAACUUAGCUUAUCUGAAAAUUAAUGUAUUACUUGCCCAUAAAAUUGUGCCUUAUGUAGAAUUAGAGCAGAUGAUGAAAUCUCAUCUAUUAAUCCUUUAUUUAAUAAUCAUUAAUAUUUCACUUCAACCUAUUAAUGUUUAAAAAGUUUUGAUGAUCAAGAUUACUAUUAUGAUUAAGAAUUGGGAACUUUUAUUGCAUGUUCAAAUACAGAUAGUUGUGAACGAUCAUUUAUUAUUCCUAUUAAUUUGUAUUGCUCGAAAGAAGAAUUUACCCUAGCUUUAAAUGCAAUAUAAUCAACCUAUGAAUAAAAUUAAUUUAAAUUAAAAAAUAUACUCUUAGAAGAUCUUAUUUCCGGAAAUAGUUUUAAAGAAGUAAUUAUAAUCAUUUUAUAAUCUAGUUUGAAACAAAUCAUUUUUAUUUAUCAGCUAAUUCAAAGUUAAUCAAAACUAUUAUUAUUAAUAUUCUAAGUAUCAAACCUUAAAUUUGUUAAAUUUAUGGAAAUGCUACUAUUUAAUAAGUUUUUAGUCAAAAUAUAUUUUCUACUAUGUAAAUUUUAAACUUAUAUUAGAAAUGUUGAAUUAAAUAUUUAAUUAAACUCACAUACUGUUAUUGAAUUUGAGAGAACUAUCACUUUCUAAAAUUUCAAUAAAAUUACAAUACAAGAUGCUUAAUUCAAUCCAUAAAAUAAUAAUAAAUUAAAAUAAAUAAUAUUUCUUAGUAGACUACCAUAAAUAAUUAUUUUGAAAUCAAUUAAGUAUUAGUAACUAAAUUUAGAAAAUGAUUAAUCUAGAUUCAUUUUUUAUGAUGUUAAGAAACUAGAUUUAACAGAUUUCUAAAUUAUAGAUCUUAUUUAAAAUACCAUAAAUACAUUCAUUUAUAUUGCAGAUACUACUUAUGAUAAAUAAAUAACAUUUUCAUCUUUUAAAAUUCUUAAUUCAAUUCUUCAAAAUUAAGUAACUCUCUUUUUUAAUGUUAAUAAAAAUGAUAUCAUUUCAAUUACAGAUGGAGUUAUUCAAGCAAAUUUUUCUAAUUCAACUUUAAUAGAUACAUCAAUAUCUCAAUAAUUUGGAUCUUUUGAUAUGAGCAAGAUUGAAUUUUAAAUAGAUGUACUAAAUUGUUUAAACUUCUUAAAUCUUUACCUUUUUAAAAAAGUGACAAUUUCUGGAAUAUAGUUUCAUACUUCCUUUAUUGAAAGUUCAACUCUUAUUAUUUUGAAUAAUAAUAAUUAGAUUUAUGACUUCGUUAUUAAAGAUUGUAAAUUUAGAGAAAAAAGCUCUGGAAUUUUAAAUUCCAAUUCACUCUAAUUAGAAUACUUACAAAUAGAAUUAUUCAAUCUAAUAAUACAGGAGAAUGAAUAUCAUUAAACAACCAAAUUACUAUUGCUUGAUAAAUACAACAAUGUUAAUUCAAAAGUAAUGAUUUAAAAUAUUUAAAUCUCAAAUAAUUAUGUUUAAUCAAUCAGCCAAGAUUUUAAAUUAAAUACUUAAAGUUCUUGUAUAAUCUAUAUAUCUAUAGAUUAGAUUCUAAUUUCAGAACUCAAUAUAAUAAGAGGAAUUGGAUUGAUUGAUUUCAGUAUAGUUGAAGCUAAAUAGUUAAAAAUAACCAGUAGUAAGAUCACUUAAGGAGAUGAAUAUAAAUUUUUAGGACUUCAUUAAUAUCUAGACUGUUAAUUACAAUAAGUGAAAGGUGAAUAUUAUUUACAAUCUCUAUUUAUUACUUCAGUUCUUAAUUUUGAAAUAGUAGAUAUGUAAAUUGUAUAGACUUAAUCAUAUAAUUCACCAAUUAUAUACUAUAAAUCAGCUGACAAAGGAAAGCAACAAUAAUUAGAAACUAUACUAUUAAAUAAUAUAAUAGUUGAAUCAAAUCUAUUACUAUUAUCUAAUUCAUAAUACUAAACUGCAAUAAUCUUUAUAGAUUCAGUUCAAUAAACCAAUAUAGAUUUAUAUAAUAUAACUUUUUCAGGUAAUAUUUUGCAUGAAUAUGUUUAAAAUAAUCUCUAAAUUUCUUCCUUACUCUUAAAUUUAAAUUGUAUUUUAGGUGUUAUUACUAUUAAAAAUUCUAAUUUCCUUUAAAAUACAGUUUACAAUAGCACUGAUAAUUUAAUCUAUAUUAAAAGUCAGACAUUGAUAUUAUAGAAUUGUACUUUUUUUUAGAAUGGUUAUUUUAACUAUUAAUUAAUUUAAUUUUAUUUAUUAUGGGGAUUCUUUGAAUAAGAAAAAGUAUCGAUUGAACAACUGAACUAAAUUUUCAAAGUUAAAUCUACCUCGGGAGUUGCAUAAUUAUUAAUUGAAAAUCUUCAAAUUUAAUACUGUAAUUUUGAAUAAUCAGUAGGAUCUUCUGGUGGAGCAUUGUAAAUUAUGGCAUAAAAGAAUAGUCUUAUGACUAUUUAACAAACUUAAUUUAAAAAUAUAUCAACUACAUUUUCACAAGAGUUUGGAUUUGGAGGAGUAAUAAAUUUAGAUAGCACUUCAGCAUAAUCUCUUCAAAUUACUUUUUAACAAAUAUUUAUAGAAAAUAUUGCAGCUAAGGAACAAGGAGGUUUUAUUUAUAUACUAUCUGAUUCUCCAAAAGUUAAUAUCACAUUAUAGAAUUUUUAAAUUAAAAAUGUAUAUGCUAAACUUGGAUCAAUAGUAUUUUUCACUUUUUCUUCUACUUCUUCAAAUUAAUAAUAUGUAAAUCUUAAUUAAUUUAUUAUUUAAAAUACAAAUGAAGGUUUUACAAAUUACUUAAAUUAAUAUACUAAAUUAUCUAAAACAGAACAAAUAGCAAUUACAAAUAGUAGAGCCUUAUUUUAUAUUGAUUCACCUAGUAAUAUAAUCAUUUUAAAUAUUGAAAUUGAUAAUUUAAUUUUAGAAUCUGUAUUAUCAAUAAAUAAUGCUUAAAUGGUUUCUAUUGAAAAAAUUAAAAUAUCAAAUAGUCUUAUAAGUAAUUUAAUUUUAAGAUUGCAUCCAAGUUAAUGUAAAAUUUAUUACUUACUUUAGAUCUACCUAAUAAUAUCCAGAUUAGUGGUCUUAUAAUAUCUAACAUUACUGUGGUAUUAUAGUUAAAGAACUAUAAUUGUUUGUAAUAAGAUGAUAAAGAUUACUCUGUAUAUUUUAAAUGUAUUCAAAAUGCCUAAAAUAAAUAAGCACCUUUAAAUUUAUUUUCAUAAUAUAUUAAUUAAUAACUUAAUUAUGGAGAAUGCCUGUUAUCCUCAAUCAAAUAAUAAAAUGGAAAAGAAAGUAAUUUAAUGAUUGAAAAUACAGAAUCAGGAUUAUUAUAAUUUUUAGAUCUUACAGGAUAAAGUUAAAUAAAGUUGAAUAAUCUAGUUUUUUCAUAAAUUAAUUGUAAUUUCUGUUAGAAUGGAUUAUUAUAUUAUUCCUUUUUGAAAAUUGAAAAUCUCUUAAUGAAAUAAUAUAUUUCGAAACUCAAAAUUACUAAUUCUUCAUGUGGAGUUUAUGGAUGUUUUUAUAUUAAAAAAGAAAAUUCUUUAAUUAAUCGAAGAGCUCUUGCAAAUUAAGAGAAAUAUUUAUAAUCUCUUAAUUUGGAAAUUUUUAUAGAUAAUUAUUUUUGUUAAUAUAAUCAAGCAUAAAAUGGAACUUGUUUAUUUGCUGAAAAUGUUAAAAUAUUGAUUUAAAAUUCAAUUUUUUAAUUUAAUAAUGCAUCUGGAAAAGGAGGAGCUAUGAUCAUUAAGAUGAAACAAGAUGUUUUAAUUACAAAUAGUUUAAUAUAACACAAUUCAGCCUAAAUAGGAGGAGGAAUUAAUUUAAUUGAUCAAUAAGAUAUGGAUUAUUUUAAACUUUCAACUAUUAUUGAUAAUAACAAAGCUGAUUUUUUUGGAAAUGAUAAGGUUUCAUUACCUUAAAAAUUAACGAUUACAUUAGAUGACGAAAGUUCUUAUUUAUAAACAAUAACAAUAUAAGAAACAUAAGAAUUAUUAAUUUAAUAAGUAAUAGUUUCAUCUAGUAAAUUAAUUAAAUAAUAGUAUAUUUUAUUGCCAAGUGGUUAAAAGAUUUCGCUAUAUGAAUAAUUCAAUAAAAUAAAUAAAACAUAUUCUUCUUUCAAUUAAAAGUUUAGAGUGAUUGCUUUGAGUAAGGAUAAUAGUGUGAUGAAAAAUCUAUAAAAUUCAUUUUGUGAAAUUGAUAGUAGAAUUUUAAAUAGUUCAGUUUUAAAUGAUGAUAAUAUAUUUAGUAAUAAUUUUACUAAUCUUAAAAAUAUCAGUUUUAAUAACUAAACUUAAGAUUAUAAUUUAGAUGAACUGAUUGUAAAUUUUGAUAAUGCUUUGCCUACUGAAAUUGUAUUAUAAUUACAGUUUCGAUGCAAUUCAAUAUUUAUUCCAAUUUAUAAUAAAAAAUAUCCAUAUAACUUAAUAAAUACACAUUCUAAUUAUAAAUUAAGAGUUAAUAUAAAGACUUUAAGUUGUUAAUAUGGAGAGAUUAAAAAUAAUACUGAUUAUUCAUGUAUUCCUUGCAAUAGUGAUUAAGGUCUAUUCUCAUUAAAUUUAAAUUCUGAAAAAUGUGAAUUAAAAGAUGAUGUAUCAACAACAAAUGUUUAACCAGCAUUAUUAAAUUUAAAAUUUGGAUAUUGGAGACCAUAUUUUUAAAGUAAUAUAGUUAGUUAUUGUCUGAAUUUACCUGAAAAUUGUUUAGGUGGAUGGGAAGAAGGUGAUAAUUCUUGUUUUUUAGGACAUAUUGGAGCAUUAUGUGAAUAAUGUGAUUUAUAUAAUAUAAGAGGAGAUGGAUAUUAUUCUGUAAGUUCAACAUAUUCUUGUGGAUCAUGUUUAGAAAAAGAAAAAAAUGCAUUAAUUAUAACUUUUAUAAGUAUUUGGUAAUGUUUAUUAUUAAUAUUUUAGGACUUUAAUAUCAAUAUUGAUUUCAGUUCAAAGUACUUUAAAAGCUAUUGAAGAAUUUGUGAGAAUUAUCAAUAUUAUGAUGUUAGGAUUAGCAGUAAUAUAAAAUUCUAAUCAAUCUGCUAUUUUGAUAAAGAUGUUAACUAAUUACUUAUAGAUUAUUUCAUCAAUAUCUACAUUUUAAUUGAAACUACCUAUUGGACUAUAAAGUACAAUAAAUGCAGUUGGAUCUCCAAUUUAGGCAAUGACUUAUUCAUUGGAUUGUUUUCUAUCUCAUGUUUUUUAAUUUGAAAUUUAAUAUGCUAGAAUGAUUUGGUAAGUUAUUAUGCCAUUUCUUUAUAUUACAUUCUUUUUAAUUUGUUAUUUACUGGCAGUUAAAUUAAAAAAUGUCACUUUUAAUAGAAGUGUUAUUACUACAACACUUAUUUAUAUGUACAUAUAUUUACAACCAAGUUUAAUUGGAGGAUUUGUUUAACUUGUAUCAUAUAGAGAGAUUUCAGGAUAUAAAUGGAUAUAAUCUAAUGUUUCUUAUAGAUUUGAUACUGCUAAUCAUGAAAAAUGGAUGCUUGAAUUAUGUUUACCUAUGUUAUUAUUACUUGCUGUUAUUAUUCCACUUUAUUUUUUUUAUGGUCUUUAUAGUAAUUCUAAUUAAUUAGAUGAUAAAAAAGUUAGACUUUAAUGGGGUUAUUUAUAUAAUGAAUACACUAAAACUGCUUAUUUUUGGGAAGUUAUCAAAAUAGCUUAGAAAGAAUUAAUGAUUAUUUUUUUAACUUAUUAUGAUGAUAAUGUUAUAAUUAAAGCAACAAUUAUAUCACUUAUUAUUGGAAUGUAUUUGGAAUUAAGUUUAAAAUAUAAACCUUAUAAUCUAAAUAAUCUUAAUAAAUUAGAUUAUUAUUCUACAAAUGUUUGUUUAGCUUCAAUUGCUUUGGCUAUUGGUAUUUAUGUAUCAGAUUAAUCUAAUACAUAAGAAAUACAAAUUCCUUAUGUUAUUAUUAUAUCUGUUUUGAAUCUUAAUAUGUUAUAUACUUUAAUAUCUAAGAUUUUAAUUGAAUAUUUGAAAGAAAAAAGUAGUAAUUUUGCUGAAAAAUUUGAUAAGCUUCGUGAUUCAAUUAGAAACUUAUUCCCAUUUCUAUAUUAAAUUCCUAUUAUGAAGAGAGUAUUAACAAAUCGUCAUGAAUAACGUGAACGAGUUGCUAAAUUAUACCAUAAAUUAAAAUAAUUUUUAAUUCCAUAAGCUAAAGAAAUUAUAGCCUUUAAAAAUUAUUAAUGGUAAAUUGCCAUGGAAAGAUAAAUGGAACAAAAUAUUGAUACAAUACCUUUGAGUCUAAGAAGUCCAGCCUAAGCCAAAGAAAGAUAAUAAUUUAUUCGAAAAUCUAUAAGAGAAAGUUCUUAAAGUUUUUCUAGAAAUACGAUCACUGCAUUUGUUUUAGAAAAAAUGUAAAUUUAAUAAUCAUAUGAAAAAUUAUAGGAAAUAAAAAAGAGUGGAUGAAAUGGCUGAAAUUUUCGAAGUUAAAAAAUAAAAAUCCUCUAGAGUUACUCCAAUUGCGUAAAGUGAAAAAUAUAUCAAAGAACUUCAAGAAGAAUGA